AUGCUGCCACUCCCGCCUCUCUCCCCGGCUGAAACGCUGGUUGAUCAUGAACCCAAAAAACUUUCUCUUACUCGCAGACUUAUUUUACUGGUUCUAUUCUGUCUUGCUCAGUUUUUGGAUGCCUUCAAUAACUCAGCUCUCUUCUCUGCAAUCCCUGCACUCGAAAUAUCCAUGGGUAUGACUGAAAGUCAAUCCACUUGGAUCAUUAGUGCAUUCCAGUUGACUUUUGCAUCUUUUCUGCUUAUUAGUGGUCGCAUUAGCGAUGUAUACAAUCCAAAAUUUGCAUUCAUUGGGGGUGUAUCUGGUCUUGGUGUCAUCUCGCUGUGCGCCGGAUUUGUUGAUGACACCAUUCCGCUCAUCAUUCUCAGAGCAUUGAGUGGAAUAGCUUCUUCAAUGACAAUCCCUUCUGCCCUAACACUCCUGGUCAACUUAUUUCCUGAUCCGCUUGAACAAGCUCGGGCGAUAGGGUUAUUUGGAGGUUGUGGCUGCGUCGCUAACGUUCUCGGUCUCAUGAUUGGUGCAAUGUUUGUCGAAUGGGCGUCUUACCAUUGGGUGUUCUGGUUCGUAGCCAUUGUGGCUGUGCCAGUGGCUCUGGCAUGUGUCUUCAUCAUACCGCCAGAAAUUUCAAAGACCAAAGACAAUCUUAGGCCAGCAGCAGCGAAAUGGAAAAGUCUCGAUUUACUCGGCGUAAGCAUUCUAACUGUUGCCAUAAUUUUAUUCAUCUUCGCUGUGACAUCCGGCUCCACUGAUGGUUGGGCAUCCGCAAUAGUGCUGGUCCCGCUAAUCAUAUCAAUUUUAAUGGUGGUUGGGUUUUUCUAUUGGGAAACACUCAUACCUGUGGACAAAGCUGCAAUACCACCCCGGACAUGGUUUUACCACAAUUUCUCCAUUCUUUUUGCUGUCGCGCUCUUGCCAUACCUUUGGUGGAGCACUGUGUUCUCAAUUUUCACCACACUGUGGCAAAACGUCUUUGAGUGGUCGGCAAUAUCAUCAGUUAUACACAUGUUCCCGAUCGGUGUCGUAGCCUUCGCUAUGAGUUUCACCGGAUCACUUUCUCGCGUCUUCAGUCCGAAAUGGAUUAUUCUCACUGGUCUGUGCCUGUGCAUGGUCGCGACCGCAUUGCUGGCGCUUGGUGGGGGAAAGCCCCAGGAUUUUUGGCCCUAUAUUUUCCCAGCUUUUUCUCUAGGAAGCGCAGGGGUCAUGCUGACUUAUACACAUGCGAACAUUGCUAUUUUUCAAGCUGCACCUUCAUCCAUGGCCGGCACAGUUGGUGCCAUCUUUAACGGCGCACUUCAAUUUGGAUCGGCAAUUGGGAUCGCUGCUGCCAGCUCGAUAGAAACAUCCGUGGAGGCCAUCCAUGGUGGUUCACACGAGUAUGGCGGACGAGCCGCAGCAUUUUGGUUCCUCUUUGGAGUUAUCUCUCUGCAAUUCAUUUCAGUAUCAAUAUUUUACGACCGCAGUACGGACCACAUACCCCAGCCAAAACACGGCAACCCCGUAAAUCCUGCUCAACACAACACGCACUUUGACGAAAAGCUUAACGACGCGAACAUGACCAUAACGAAAGUAAACGAAAAGGCUGACCUAGGGGAUUUGCCGGUGUAA